AUGGCAGAAGCCCCGAUGACAGCUGGUGACGAGAAAACCAGGAUUGUUCAGGGGAGGCUCUCACUAUAUGGACCGAACCCCUCUAUAGAACUGGUGCAGCAGCUGAUGGCGGAAGCAGAUGAGGACAUACAAAAAGCUAGAGCCCACGAGCUCAGCCUAGUGACCGCACACCACAAUAUCGACUCAACCAUGACCUUAAUUCCUGCAGAGAGCACCGGGAGGCCAAAGAUACCCUUUGCGGCUUUUAGUUAUUAA